UGCAUCACUUUUUAUAUUCUAGAUUUGUUAUGUAUGCUUGUACUUCUAGCUGCUAGGGCAGGAAAACAAUUUGGAAGUAACAUAUCUGCACAGGCUAGAAAUAAUAUUCAGAAUAAUUAAGGUAUCAUACUAAGAAGUAGAAGUGCGGUAUACCACAAUCAUCAGAUCAUCUAUAUCAGUGAUCAUUCCAAGUAUACAUCAUCAAAGAAGAAAGCGUGAGACUAGAGAAAUCAUUUAAAUUUCUGUUAUGGAUCUGGGUGGAUGUGGAAAACCUUCUCAUUGUUACUGCGGCAUAGGAACAACAGACUCCGACAUGCUUCAAUGUCAGGGAUGUAGGAAACUUUUUCAUCCAGGAUGUCUCAGAAAAGGCCGACCCAGCCAUUUGUUAGGUGAUGUGUUCUUUACUUUCACCUGUGAAAGCUGCUCUGAAGAUAAUGAGGAAUAUUGUGAAAGAAUGAGAAUUCAGUGGAUCCAGGUCAUUUUGCUGACACUUUACAACAUGCAGGUUCAAGGUGGGGGAAAGAGAGGCUAUUUUCGUUGGAGGGAACACAUUUGUAAAUUUAUUGACAAAAACUGGACAACUUUCUUUGGAAAUACUAAAAAGAAGACGUCAACUUGGCAUGGAACAGUGGCUGGUACUCUGUCUGCUGGUUGUCCUCAGCACUUUCGUUCUGGAAUGUCAGAGUUAGGUGAAUCUGGCUGGUGGACUCUCGCAAAUCCAAAACCUCCUUCAUUGCAAGAAUUUUUAGCCUCUACCACUGUUAAUAAAACUCGAAGAAGCAAGUCCUCAACUACUAAAAGUUUAGGGUACAUUUUGGAAGAGCCUCAAUUCCAAGAGGGUCGUAGACCAAGAAACACUAGAAACUCAAUUGAAGCAGCAAUGAAACUGAAAGAAAAAAGAUACACAUUACAGGAAGCUAAAGAUAUUAGAAAAGCCAUGAAGAACGCCUGCCAGGACGAUUCUCAUCAAAAAGAUACCUCCACAGCUGCCUUUGCAAGUAUUGAUGCCUGUAGUAGUUUCAGUGAUUACAAAUCUCCUUUUACAAUAUCUCUUAAUGGCAGUGAUUUCCAGUCCCACCAGUUGCUAGAUUUUACAGCUCAGGAAAUGAUAUCCACACCAAUGGAGGUUUCAGAAUGUCCUCCUGCCAUCUUGUUGAAGGAAGAAACUGUUGAAUCUGUAGAUGUGGAAUUCAGUGAACAUGUACAAACUAAACCAGAUGUCAGAUGCUCUACUGCUCUUGAGUUACCAAACAAAUCUGCUAUGGAAGACUUAUUGGACCAGUCUCUCUGUGAUAGUAAUGAUGAUGACAGUUUGCUGGAUAUUGAUGUAUUGACUGACUUUACAAGAAAUGAUGUUCUGCUUUCUACAUCGAAGAAUUCUAUGGCAGUGGAGGAAUUGAUAUCUACAUUACCUGCUGAAGCUUGUGUAACAUCAGAGACAUUAGAACAGAAUAAUAUAGAUGUAUUUAAAUCUGAAGAAGUAGACGAUGCCCAUAGUGAAGUAUCCAAUCUCAGUAUUCCAAGUGCUGGAAAGUUAGAAACUGUGAAGAGUGAAGAAGAAAAUACAGUUGACUCCACAGAUAGCAAAAUCAAAGAUGAAACUGAAAGUUUUGUUCGACAGAACAAAAAACGAAAGUCAACCCCAAAUGAAGAUGAAAAAAAGCCAGAUGAAACAGACAUUCCAAUGAUUGUGCCAAUGAGCACCUAUGAAGAACAGCAGCUACUUAGACAGUUGGAAAAGGUUUCUUCUGUAUUGGACAACAAUCCAAAAGCCAAGCGCUUAAGAAGGAAACUUAUUGUAAGACAGUUAAAACGUGAGAGACGUCUUCCAGUAUUUGAUCUAGAUGCAACGGUUAAGCAGUUUGUAGGAGUCUCCACUGAUUCAAACAUUAAAAAGGAUGAUGUUCCAUCACACCUUCUUGGUCACCAGUCAGGACUUCAUGUUUUGGAUAGAUAUCAGAGAAAGAAUUAUACAGUGCAUGGUCGAAGUGAGCAUCACACUUCAUUUAUUACACGAUUAAUGGGUCUGGAAGAUACUCAUCUUGAUAGCAUUAUUAGUCCAUAUACUUCAAGAAUUCUGAAACCAUUCAUUUUUCGAGAUUAUGAAUCCACUCCUUUGAAAUUACAACUAAUGGAAGAAAUAAAAGCUUUUCCUCACAGGAGCGAUCCAUCAUGGAAACCCCCUGCACGACAUCCAAUGGAUUAUUGUUAUGUUCGACCUCAACAUAUUCCAGUUAUCAACUCCUUGUGUCACGAAUUCUUCUGGCCAGGAAUUGACUGUAAGAAAGUAAUUAUAGGUUUUGCCUUCAUGGUUCCUGAUGUUAGCUAUAAUGAAGCAUACAUCUCCUUUAUAUUCACACAUCCUGAAUGGAGAAGAGCUGGAAUUGCAAAGUUUAUGUUGUAUCAUCUAAUUCAA